CACUGUGGAUACUAUAUUACCGACAUUGUGCUAGCUGAGGUUAUAUUUGCGGCAACAAAAUUGGCAAAUUAUUGAAUAAAUUUUGGAAUAGUGUGUUAAUAAUCUAAAGAUCGGUAGAAAUAAUGGAUGGAGCAAGUUUAUUUUACCGUGAAGUUUUACCAGACAACUCAUGCCAAGAGGAUUGGACCGAGAUUCAAUUGAAUACAGGUGCAACACAGAGCACAUUACAGGAUAUUAAGGUUGUUGAAAAGGCCGGUGGUUAUUGUUAUCAAAAUGUCCAACUGAAUCACAACCGGAAUCGUUUUAUAUAUUGGCGUACUUACCAAGAUGUCCUAGAACUAUCUGAAGUUUGUUUGGAUUUCACGUUGUAUAAAAACAAUGUUCGGUAUAAGUUUUCCGAUACUCCAGUUCUCAACGUUUCUAUUAGUGAACAAGAUCGUUAUGUCGUAAUUCUUGUUACAACCGUGUGCAGUCUUCACCAUUUGAAGUUUCCACAUCCGGAUACCUUUGCAGAGAGCAGUGGCAGUAAUGUUGGCUUGCAGAAUGGAUCAAGCAAUGUGCGCUCAUCCAGUGCGGGCAUUUCUGUAGAUUUUAACGAAUCUCAGACUUUUUCCAUUUUUCACGAAGCUAAUAAUUCAUCCGUGCGUGAUCCGAGCAGCUUCUAUGUUAUCGAUACACAAAAUGCAGCCUCAAGUUCCGUGCCACAUGCGGCGAAUAGCUUUUUGUCUUUUGGUGGUGAUGAAGCAUAUUUUGCUUUAGCUUGUCAGUCUGAACUGAUAUUGUACGUGAUGAGUUGCGAGACUGGUGCUACCACUUCUCAGUCUUUGAAAGAGAAUAAUAUAAUGCCUCGCCUAUUUUCUAAUUUGAAGAAUGCAUUUACUGGCAAAAGUGACAUUUCGGAUGCCAAUCAUGCUAACUCGAUGAUAUUUAGUUACAUCAAUGGUCAAAUAUACUUAUUGGCAUUAUAUCGUGACGAUCAACUACGUGUAUGGUCUGCGACAAAUUUUCAAUGCGUUUGUUCUAUUGAAUGUAUGCGCGACCAAAGCAGAACGCGAACUCAAGGACCUCAAAGCAGUGCUUUACGCAAAAUAAACGAUACUUCUGUCUGUGCGUUCCUAUCUCAUGCCAAUAGAUCAGAAUUUAUGUGUAUUGAUAUACAUACCGAUGGUGGUACCUCUUCAGGAUUGAGUUUAAGUUACCGCAAGACUAUAACAGCACCGCUAUUGGAUUUAGCUGAUUUCGCAGUAGUUGAAAAUCGGAUUUGGGCAAUGUGGACAAACGCAGAAGGGGAAUUUAGUAUAUCAAAUUAUCCGCUGGUACGAGGACUAGGCAUGAAUUGGUCAUCCGUAGCACUGGAGCCACCUCCAGAUCGAUACUCCAUUUUAAAUGAACACAAUAUGGAUCCGCGUGAAGCCUACUGUAAUUAUAUAUUCCAACUAGGCAAGUUCGAGCGUGAAGUUAUCGCAAAGGCCUUAUUUAUGUUUCGUCGCACAAAUCUUCGUUUUGAAUCAAAGCAUUGCACUAUACCUGUCCUAAAAGAUCAAGUUUGCCAGGCAGUCGAGGAUGAGAUACAAAAUGAAGUCAAGGAGUUCGAUGUCACUGAUGAGGGUUACUUAGAAAUAGCCACACGACAGUGGGAACGGUUUUAUUCCUGUUGCGAACAGUAUCAUUUAAAAUCAUGCCAACCUUGUGGACUCUUUGUGCUCGAACCAAUUGAUGGUUUGUGUCUAGUGAAAAAGAAUACCUUUUCUCUAUUACGUCCCUGUGACACCUUAGAGCAUUUAAUGCUCGUCGGCGAUGAUCUAGAUAUAAACACAGUUGUUUCUAUGUAUUUCGCGGGCAAUGAACGAGUGGGUGAGGAUCUAGUUGUUUUAGUCUCCAUUUUAGCUCAGCUUGAACGUUGGUUGCCGGAUGAAGUUAAAACCGACGUCGAUAAACGUCUUUAUCGGUUAGAAAUGCCAAACGUAUUCAUUGCCAAAUUGAGUGACGAAAUUUUAGCUGGCGAUCCAGAUCGUGAAUUAUUACCGAGCACUUUCCUGGUAUGGAUUAGACAGAAAAUACAGUCAAUUAAUGAUAUGCGAAUGGCAAUGAUACUACUACUUGAUAGUCUUCGCAUGGAUAAUGGCAAUCCAGCUGGAAUGCAAACAAAUUUAGGUGUAGCACAGUCAUCUCAGUAUCUCUCUACUAUUGGUGUGCUUUUCGGUGGUGAUUUGGGUUUGUCGGUGUUGUCGGAAACUGUCCGUCAGAUAACUGCAGUAAAAUUUGCUAUUUGUCGCAACUUACUUAUUUUGCAACAAAUUCUCAUUGACACUUUCUCUCUCGGCGUAGAUUUGUUAGAAAAAAUUCGAUCUCAUUUUAUGCCUGAUACAUCGAUUUUCUUGCAAUCCUAUUUCGUAAUGGGCUGGAUAUCAGAGACCCCUGUAAACAUAAGCAAUGCUGCAUCAUUGGAGAGUUCUAUACAACGCUUGAACCUCCUUCAACUGACUAAUGGUUCAGGUCGCAUUUAUUCGAAUGGUGGCAAAUAUCAUAUUUCGCCUUUAGUUCGCGUCUUCCUUAAUGCAAAAGGGUUGUAUACUGCCGUGGCACUUUACGCAGACAAUUUUAAGGCUGGUGAGAAUAUUUACACAUGGUCGAAUACCCUACUACCGCUCACUACAAUCGUCAGUCAAUUGAUAUGGCCUGUCUCGUUCAAUUUUAUAUUUGGUGAAUGGUUAUUUGGUACUUGUCAGCACAUUAUUAUUCAAGAUUAUGUACGGUUGCUGAGCAAUUGGUGCGAAUGGAACAUUUGUUCACGACAAUUUAUUCUGGCUGUAUCCUUGCUAGAUUGUGGUGAAUCAUAUAAAGCGUAUGACCUCUUCCUUCAAUCGGCAAAAGGUGUAUUGCGCGAACAAUUCUUAACUGACAAAAUUUUAAAGGGUACCCCAUUGGCACAACGCACAGACUAUCUAGCUACGUUGGGUGAAGAUGGAGCUAGUGACGCCUUAGAUAAUAACAUCAAUAACCAAGUCAUUACCCAAUACUACUUGAAAGUAAUUCAAUUGUUUGAACAGCAUAACGCGUUGGAUCACAUUAUUUCAAUGGCACAAGUUGCCAUUGGUUUGUUAGACAAAUCCGAUUCUCAAUUGCCAAUGUUCCAGUCCAUUGUCUUCAAUAACCACCUGCAGUUGGAACAUUAUGAGGAAGCUUACCACUCGCUCAUCUACAACGCUGAGUUAUCGCGCCGGAAAGACUGCCUUCGUCAGCUAGUCGUGACGCUGUUUAAUCGCAAAAGGCUAGACCUACUCAUGCAUUUUCCUUAUGUUGGACUACACGAGGAAUUCGAAAAUAUUGUAGAAUCACGUGCACGCUCUCUAGUAAUCGAUCAGAAUGAAGUAUAUGAUUUUCUGUAUGCAUUCCAUGUUAACAAUGGAAAUAUGAGAAAAGCUUCUGCUAUCAUGUAUGAGCAAGCAAUGCGAUUCCAGCUUGAAAGUGAUACCGUUGAAUCUAUGGAAAAGCGGUGUGCUUCCCUUUUGGUUUGUAUCAACUCUCUGCACCUUAUUGAUCGUCGGUAUCGUUGGAUUGCGAAACCAGUAAUUGGUUUAGAUGACGCGCAACCGUCGAGUCCGCUCAAUGAUGAAGAGCCGAUGGACUGUAAACCAGACAAUGAUUCUAUUAGAGAACAAGUUGUAGUAUUAGAAAUUAAAGACAUCAGGCGUGAAUUACUGCAGACGGAAGCACUAGUUCGACUCGCUGAUCAUCGAAAAGACGUACAAACAUUUAUUAAUGCAGGACCACAAGAAUUGGCGAUAAUUUUAUCUGGCUGUGGUCUAUAUACUGCUGCAUUGAAACUGGUUACUGGCUUCGAAUUAUCACCUCUUCCUAUAUUUGACAGUCUAGCCGCAGCAUGUAUACGCAUUACCGAGGAAGGCUCCAAUGAAGCAUGGGCGUGGUUACAAGAAAACGACUUGGCUGAUUUGCCUCAUCGCAAUAAAGCUGCCGAUAUGGCCUGGUCAUUGUUACAAAAACUCAUUUAUGACAAUGAGUUAGAAAAUUCCACAAGCAUACGUAAAUCUGUGGUAAACAAGCUGCUAAGUCUCAACGCCUUUAUCCCGCAAUGGCUAUACAAUGACUACAAGUUGGCGAAUUGUCCAGAGCUGUUGUAUUUGUUCGUCAAACAUAAUCGCUUACUUGAAGCUGCCGAAUUAGCACACGAAAUGAUCAGCGCAAUGUUGGGAGCUGGAAGUGAAUACUUCAGUUUUAAACAUGCAAUUGCGGUGACAAACCAGGAAAUGUGUCUGCCAGUGAAUACAUUAGAUCUUUUGCUGCACGGUUUGAAAUUGAAUGCUAAUUCAGAUAUCGAGUAUAAGCAGGUUCUCACAGAUUUAGAAGACAUAAUGCAGAUAUAUAUCGAUACGGCACAGCGCACAGCAGAGGAUAAAAUCCAAAUGGCAUUCCAGGAAGGACAGUUUCGUCAGUUACAGCAACCAAAUAUGGCUUAA